CUCGCAGUGGUCUUCUCGUGCUUUGUUUUCUUUUGGUCAACCUCGCGUACUAUAUUUAUCUGGUCAGUCCUGAUUUGAAGAUAAUCAUAGUUUUCGUUUCUCUGCCUUCUACUGCGAUUACGUAGAUCAUAGGUACGACGGAGCUGCAACGACAGAAGCUGAUUACUACGAGCAGCCAUGUUCUUUGAAAUGAAUUCCCGACACAGAAACAGAAUGGCCUUUCUUCAUAAGGUUUUGGUUUUCGCUCUGACUUCUGGUCUGAGUGAUUUCCUCACCUUUGAUGGAACGCAGGAUCAUGCACCGGCGCAGUUCUCCCGACAUGCAGGUGGAACAAGGCAGCCUUACAGAAGCCCGGCACCAGGUGGUACUCUCUAUGUUGCAGCAAUGAGUCCCCUUCAAGUCCCGGGUUGUAGUCUGCGCCCUCGCGGCGCCGGCACGAGCGCGUGUCUGCGCCGACGCGCGGGCAGCGUCGGGCCCGCGCCGAGACAGACCGUCGUGCAAAAUAUGAACGGGGAAGCUGCUGGUGCGCCAGCAGCGUCUGCGUCGUCAUCCCCCAGCACGACGGGACGAGUUGCUGAAGGUUCAGUAGACCGUCCGCCCGGUAGCAGUAACACUUCUUCGUCGAGUAUCGAAGAAAAAAACACCAUCACAAUCACAUUUAGGAGGUUUUGCAUCAGAAAUUUCUCUCGCAUGACAAAUUUUUCUUGUAUUGCAAAAACCCAAAGGGAAAUCGCCAAUAGCUCGUGACUGUCAUGCAUUUUUGCGCAUGACAAAAAUUUUUGUAUUGCAAAAAUAUGCAAAUGUGAUUGUGAUGGUGUUUUUUUCUUGAAUAUCGAGGACGUCCUCGUCGUGGUUCGGAUUACUACUUGGGACGACUGCGACGACCGAAGAAGAUGAUGCAGACCAUAGACAUAGUCAUCGUCAUACAGUUAAUACAGAUCCUGCAGCUCAUAACAUAGAAGGUGUUGAAGACUUGAGUACCCCUGCAGCAGCGGGUCCGAGUGCUGUUGACUCGUCCUCAGCAGGUUUUCUUUCAUCUGCUUCCGGCGCAUCUACCGCUUCUCACCGUUCCUGCAGCCCGUCUUUACUGGAACACGGACGAGAACAAACAGGCAGUUUUUCCCAUCAUGCGGGUGAUGAACAACGCGAACAAACUCCAAUCGCCCGCAAUCCGCUCGAUGUAUUCGGCGCUCGACAGGACCUUUGUUGCUUCUGCAUGUACCCACUGAUAAGUAGCGCAGCUGCUCCUCCGGACGAGGAGCAAGCGGGACAAGGCGGAGGACGAAGACCUUGUUCGCCGGCAAGAACGCAAGGGACCGCGGCAAACGAAUCUCAGCAGGAGGAGGUGGUAAGUGGAACACAAUCUUCAUGUGGUACUACAAGUUGUCCUUCUACUUGUUCGAGGACGACAGAGGAGCCCCAGCUGCAGGAGCCGGCAGAUAAAGUGGUCCAGAACAGCGUUUGUGGGCACUUUUUUCACAAAGCUUGCGUCGAUGUUUACCUGCAGAAGCAAACGAAACACUACCGCGUGCGGUACGCUACCUGCCCACACUGCCGCGAACCCUGGAUCAAAAAAGAAAAAGUGAAGUGGAUAGAGACUUUCAAAGACCGAGCCGAGUCCGUCUGCCUCCAUCUCGCGGACCAGUUCGGCCAUUGUUGCUCCGCUUGGAAACAACUGCUGAGACUGCAACCGCUUUCGGAUUGGCUCCCGGAGGAACGGCGCUACUUUCCAACGCGUAAUGAGUUUAUCGGCCUUACCAGCGGAAACUGCAUUUGCAUACACGCAAUUUUGCAAGCAGUGAACUUCCAGCCGGAGAAGGCAUGCUUUAAUUUCCUCACCACCCCGGGCUUACCGAGUGUGGAGGAACUUGUGGCGCAGGCAACUGGUGUGCUCUCCAGUCUUACGGAAUUACCGACACACCAGAUCCAAGCGUUAAAACACGCUGUGGUGAUGUGUUGCAUUUGCAACGGCUGCUUUGUUCUCCGCAGACCGCUGGUGGAAGGGGUGCGGAGAGGCUUCCACUGGCCCUGUCUGCCACCGAAACGCGCGGAACAGGAGCAGAUGUGGGAGGUAUGUUACGAUCCUGCAGAUGACCAGGAAAGAGAGAAGUUUAAAAAUAGCGGCCCUUGUAUUCACGACGACCUUAGGCGCCCGAAUGAUGUGAACCGUCAUCACGGACAUGGAGUCGCAGUGCGCCAGUCAGGAGCCGCAGGAGCAUGUUCACAGGCAGCAGUGCCAAGCCAGCUGAGGAUGUGCGAGUAAAUAAAGGCACCCUGAGGCUGCACACGAGAUGCAGGCUCUCCACAUUUUUUACUGAAGUUGUCCUGAUGCUGAUGAAGAUGUAGUGAAGCCGUGGUGCGCGUUGAUGAAGAUGUAGUGUGGUCCGCGUCCAUGCAUCGACUGCUGCUCCGCGUUUAUUUGAUCUUCAUUUAAUGGCCCUCAUCACAAAGAACCGAUGGAUCAGGAUCUUGAUUCGAUGUGGGCGGUUUGGAAAGACAAAGGGUAGAAAGCGCCUCGAACAGCGACGAUGGAUUGCUCGCGUUUGGUGUUGAGGAGGACCUCGACCUCGUUGUAUGUAACUAUAAAAGUUUCAGUUAGUCCGAACCCACUCACUCCAGCAUGUCGGAAGAGAAACGAGCACUGGUGACGCUUUUAACGGUUGUAGGGAACAACAAGUUCUUUCAACAGAACGACAA